ACUAAAAGACAGCUGCACAUUAUUUACAAUUAUUUUAUCAUUCGCAAUUUUUGUUUACGAUAUUUUUUUUUUGGCAAUUUAACUUUAAGAAAAUGACUUCAAAUCGUUCUAUAACACAAUCUAAAGAAGCUUUAUUGAAAUCUUAUCAAGUACGUCUCAAAGAUGAUGUCAAAAGUAUGCUGGAAAACUUCGAGGAAAUCAUUAAACUAGCCCGUGGUGAGUGUGAUUCCCAAAUCUCUAAAACUACUCAAUGUGAGCAGGACACCUAUGAGAUGCAAGUUCGUGCUGCUAAUAUUGUAAGAGCUGGCGAAUCUCUAGUGAAAUUAGUUUCCGAUAUUAAACAGUAUUUGAUUUUAAAUGAUUUCCAUUCGGUCAAUGAAGCGAUUGCCAAUAAUUCACAACUUUUUCGCGCCACCCAAAGGGAUUGUGAUAAAAAGUUAACAAAACUUAGAGAUGAAAUGGCCAUGGAUUUAUACGAUUUGGAAGAGGAAUAUUACACGAGUAUAUUUAAAUAGUGUUUGUCAUAUAUUUAAAUCAAAAAUUAGUUAAUAAAUUAAAAAAAAAUAUUGCUAAAA